AUGAUUGAAGAUCAAUUAAAAGAAGCAUACAUCACCGGGACUCUAUGCUAUUCAUAUUCCGUCGUCGAAGCUUGGGUUGUCCAAUACGGUAAUGGCUGCCUGUUGCUACCAGAUUCAAGAUUUUCCGUACGAACAUACUACGUAGUACGUACUUGGGCCAAGUCCCGGCUCGUGCUGGGCGCUCCGAAAUCUCCUUUCCCCAACCCUAUACUUGAGACGUCAAGCCCCACUAUUAAAGGCCUAAAGUCGAGACUACAAGGGCCAUUCUCUAAAAUUGAGACGUCAAGUCCCACUCUUAAUCAAAGUAGCUAUUCCAAGAGUUCCAAGCGCUUGCAGGACCCAGCUUUUACAGCUUUUACAGCUUUUACGGCUUUUACAGCUUUUACAGCUUUUACACCUACAGCCCACAGCCCACAGCCCAGCCUACCCACACCCUUGCACACCAAAAUAUCGCUAUGCUGGGCUCGCUACAGCAAUAGCAAUAGCCACAGCCAUCGCCAUAGACCAACUCAUUUCCUGCCGAUAAUUUUAGCGAAAGCCGUUCUCGUGCGGCCAGCAUACCGACAACCACUCACCGAGCCCUCCCUGUACGUCGAUCUUCUGGACCGGAUGCAAUUGUCCUUCAUCGCCGCUAUCCUGGCCGCCACAGCGGGCACCAGCGCCUCGCCGACACGUGAUCUAUCCGCAAGGACGAACAUCAAAUAUGUCAAACAUGACUCCCUGAUUCCCUUCCUAAACACACUUCCGGCCGAUAAGGAGCAGGCAGACAUUAUCCGCAAGUUCAACCCCACCUUGCAUGUCACGCAUGGAUGCCAGGUCAUGACAGCAGUGAACGACAAGGGCGAAAUCAGCUCAGGUCUUCAAGACUCGGGGAGUCCCAAUGGAGGUUGCCGCUGGACGGAUCGUGGUCAGACUUACGUCCGAACCGCAAACUACAAAGAGAUCUUCGCCAUCAUGUAUGCCUGGUACUGGCCCAAGGACCACCCGAAUGCUGGCAACGUAGCCGGAGGGCAUCGUCACGACUGGGAAAGUGUGGUCGUCUGGCUCAGCACCAACUGCACCGACGAUGCGAAAUUACUCGGCGCAUCAGCCUCCGGCCACGGCCAGUACAAGAAGAACACAGACCCGCCCAAAGUGGGCGACAGCGUCGAGAUCGAGUACUUUACCAAUUUCCCUAUGAACCACGAGCUGCGGUUCACCACGACCGCCGGGUGGUACUUCAACCUGCUCGAGUGGCACACCAUGCCAGCGGUAACCCGUGAGGCCCUCCAGAACGCUGACUUUGGCGCUGCCAACGUCCCGUUCAAAGACGGCAACUUUGAGAGCAACCUCGACAAGGCCGUCCUUGACGGUUAUUAA